AUCCUGAGUUUUAUUUUGACAAGCUUGAUGCUGGUCCCGUUAUCUUAGAGUUAGUAACUGUCCGUGUGUGGUGUAAACCUGAAACGUCGUCCAGGGAUGAGACUAAAGGGAAAAGAAGUAACGUUAGACGUUCAUCAGAAAACCUUUAUGAACUUCACCUGCAGGACUUGGAAAAUGCUUUUGCCGCCGAAAUUGUGGAUUUUAAUCGUUUGUCUGACAGAUGUCCUCCUUCCCCAUUGCUCGGGGGUUAAUGUGUUUGUGAGAGAUGAGAAGAGGUAUGCUGUGCUGUUCCAGUCAGUGGUUCUGCCAUGUCAGUACAACAGCGUGUCCACCCAGGUCCCCGUCGUGCAAUGGGUCUACAAGUCGUACUGUCAGGACCGCACGCGGGAUUCAUUCAACUUCCCAGACAGCAUGAGUGGAGGCCAGGGAGGAGGGGGGCUAACGAGUGGAACCAGAGGAGCCGGCCGAGGGUACGAGGCGGGGAUGACGGCGAGCUACCUUGACUGCUCUGACAGCAGCCGGACGGUCCGAACUGUGGCCUCCAUGUCUGGUUCCUCAAUCACACUGUCAGAGUACUACAAGAACAGAGACAUCUCCAUCAUCAACAAGGCCGACCUGCGCAUAGGAGAGGUCCAGUGGGGAGACAGUGGAGUUUACAUCUGUAAAGUGGUUAUAUCUGAUGAUUUAGAGGGACAGAACGAAGCCUCUGCGGAGCUGCUGGUUCUUGGUUUCUCAGGUGUGCCUGAAGAUCUCCUGCCAGACUUUGAUAUGAAGAUUAUGCCAGAGUGGGUGUUUGUGUCAGCGGUGGCACUGGGCAGUAUCUUAUUCCUGCUGUUGGUUGGGGUUUGUUGGUGCCAGUGUUGUCCUCACUCCUGCUGCUGCUACGUCAGCUGCUGGUGCUGUCCCGACACAUGCUGCUGCCCAAGACACCUUUAUGAGGCAGGUAAGGGUAUAAAGACGGGCACCUCCACCCCUCAGACACCUGCCUACCCUCCGUACUUUGUCACUGGUGUGCCGACGAUGGUUCCCAUCGCACCCCCAUCUCUGGUGGACAAAAUGUCUUCCCUCCCCCCUUCAGAUGGGAGCAUACUCACGGCAGUGCCAAUGCAUGCUGUAGGGGUUCCCUACCGCGUGGCUUCACCUCAGGAUCAGGACUCUCUCAGGGUGCUACAGUAUGUAGAGAAACAGCUGGCUCACUUCAACCCUUCCAGGUCAAUCAGCCACCAGUCCUGUAGCCUGUCCGAGCUGAGCUCCCUCCAUGACGGAGAAACCAACUUCCGCCAAACGUACCGAAAUGUCCAGAGGAAAGCUCUGCCCGCCAUUCCCGACCAUGACCCUCAGCCUGAGCCCCAACGCUAUCGUGACAACCGCAGCCCAGAGCCGCAGCGUUACCGUGACAAUCCCCCUUCACCCCAACGAUAUCAUGAUGACCGCGACUCAGAGCCUCGCCGCUGCCAGGAUGAGCCCCUUCCCCCGCGCCGGUACAGCGAUGACCCUCCGUCCUCGUCCCAGUUGCGCAGGCCCGGCCGAAAUCAACGGCAACAGAAUCACAGCGAAGAGGACAACCACAAAAGGUGGAACCCUCGUUCAGAACAUCUGCGGAGAAAGACGUACCGUACUGCCGGACGAACCGGCUCACUAGAUGAGCUGGAGGAGUUUGCUGCUUUUUACAAGCAGAGAGGAGACAGAGGGGAAGAGAAAAGGGAAGAGGACAGGGGAGACUAUGAGAUGGAGCUUCUGGAGUUCAAUCGGUAUCCUUCAUACCGUAAUGGUCCACCUCAGCAUUAUCACAACGAUGAAAAUGAGCUUGGCGACAACAGCGACCGUGAAGAUCAUCUCAGAAGAAACAAAAGUAACGGACAUUACAUAAGCCCACUUCAGUCACCCGAAAAGAGAAGGGGCACUUGGGACAGUGAGCGGCCUGCCCCGCCUCCUCCCAGAGUCAGUCCACCAUCAAGUUCUUCACAAGAGAAGGACUACGAUGGCACGUUCCUGAACAGCCUGCUGGAACGUAAGGCCAAGUUACGAGGGGUCAGCCAGGGGAAGAGUGGGGCCCGGGGGGAGGAGGAUUCAGACACACCCUCUAAGGGCAGCUCGAAAAAGAGCAGCGGGGAAUCGAGUCGGCACUGGAGCCGAUCGCCUAGUAACAGGCCGGAGGCAGAUCCACUUCCUCCUCACUCAGACACAGAGAGAGGCAGAAUGGACAGGCCAUCUCCGCGGCCGCUCCCAGCAAACACCUGCUCCUCUCCACCUCCGGCCCAUUCCCUGCCCGGGCGCAGAGAGGAGCCCAGAGACAAGACCCGGAAAGUGAGCACUCUUCUCAGCCGGGACUCCCUUAUCGUCUAAUGGACUGAAAGCCACACAGACUGAGCACUCACACUCUACAGGGGCCGCAUGUCAGCUGAUGAAAGAUGAUAGAAAUGACUCUAUGCAACAUCAAAAUAAUGCAACCGACCAUGACGGAAAGCUGAAUCAGCACAGAAAUGGACAACAGAAACACUUUUUCUAUUGAGACUGUCCUCAGGAUUCCUGCCUGUUGCGAUGAUGUUCGAUGAAUGAUGAUGAAGUCAUUACUGUUCGGUUUCCGUCACCGGAUGACUCAUAUACAUGUGUAUCUCAGCUGGACUAACACCGAACUAAUGGUGGCUGCGUCAGUGUCCUGGACUGUCCCCCCCGGCGGGACACUGUCCGUCUCCCCUCGUCCCCAUACGCUUUACGCUUCCAGCACAAAGAGUGCAUUCACUUCCACUUGCGAGAUAUCUGCUUUAAAUAAGCACCGUUGUAGUAAAGGAGGUGUAUGACAACAGCAUUAUUGUAAAGAACAUACUGUAUCUUCGGCUGAAUGACAAUACACACAUUGUGACAUGCAGCCACAUAUUCAGGGACUAAAGCACCUAAUUCAGACGGCCUUUGCAAAGCGAUUUGGUAACUAAAGCUCGUAGUAGUAACCAACAUUAUCAAAUGUUGAUAUGACGUGCAUCUACAGAGGGGUGGACAAAUGGAAGCUUCUCCUGGAAAAGGACUCUUAAAGCUGCAUUUUGCAAAAGUUGAGCCAGCUCUAUGAACGCAAUAGUUUGGAGUUCCACAUUGUCCAUUGCUCUUUCAGAUAGGCAAAUAGGCGCAAACUUCUCAAUCACUGACUCAAACAUAGCUUAACCAUAUCAUAUGAUAUGCUACUCUAGUCCCUUUUAGGAAGUAAUACUACUGCGGCACUACAGACAUUUGCACAUUAACAUUUAAUAAACAGGAUUCACAUUAUAGACACUACCACUGACUAUUUGCAUAACACUUUGGCCACAAUUUAUCACAUUGGCCGUUACAUGAUCGAGCCAUAUGCUAGGUUUGACCUGGUCUUGGUAUAUUGAUGUAAGAUCAGUAAGGUGAAAGGUGUCAGUUGUAGUGACUCUGCAGUUUUGCUCAACUACACAGCGUAGUGUCUUUGAACUCAUUGUUUGAGGUGUACAGGCUGCACAUUUACUGGUUUGAUUCACUUUCACCGCUCUCAACCCUGUUUACAGCAAGAGCAAGCAUCUGGUUAUAGUAUACAAUAAUAUUAAAAGCUCUUAAAAAGCCACUCUACACUACCUUUUCAGCACCAAACAGCAGACAGACACAGUUAGCCACUAGCCGGUGGCUAGUGCAGUGUUUAGUAGUGAUGGUCUGAGCCCGUCUAGUUGGCUCAGAAAAUAAAGACACUGGUUCACGAAGCUUCAUUCGGCAUUCACUAGUGUUUAGCAGCCAAAAGAUUUCAGAUAUUUCCCUUAGGAGUUGUUUCAAGAACCAACAACCGAGCUAAAACUGCUAAAUAGAGCUAAAAGAAGAGUGAGUAUUUGACUAAUAUUCAUCAGGUGCACACAAACACAACUCCAAAUGCAUACUUAUGGUGCUCUGUAUAUGCGGCAUAUCUGAAGUGUUUGCUAAAAUGUUCAUCGUUACAACUUUAUAAGGUGAUAACUUAUGUAUUUUAAUUAUGUUUUUACAUUUGUGUUUACAGUACAUCUUCUACAGGCCCCAUGUGGCCACUAAAACAUAUUAAUGUUUCUUUAAGUAACCUAAUAUUACAUGCAAAUGUUCGGUUCAGUGCCAUGUAGCAACAUUUGUCAGCUUGCUCAAUUGCUUUUUUAUUACUGUAUAUUUUAGGCAUGUUUAAAGCAACACAAGAUGGAAACCAGAUGGCUUUUAAAAUAUUGAAUAAUGUGUGCUAAAAAUGCAGGAGUGCCAAUCACAGAUGUUUUAUAGGUCAAUGGGAAUGCUUUUGAAAUUCAUGACAACAUACAGUAUGCCAAACAGAAAGCUACACUGACAAAGUAGUGAACUAAUGAGGCUAUGCACUAACACUGCAUAUUGAUCCAAUGGGACCCACACUUGCAGCAUUUGCAGUGGUUAUUUAGUUACUUCUUUAUUCAUGAAGCAGAAACGUUAUGUUUUCUCCACCUUGUGUAUCAGUGGAGCUUUUCAUUGUCUACUACAUAAUAACAUGUUAGAGUUUGCACAAAGUAACUAUUUUCUACAAUUGACUAAAUCCUUAUGUUUGUUUUUUGGAAACCUUUAAGUAAAGGUAUUGAACUGCCACUGUCCUUUUUACUACAGUAUGAAUACAUUUUUAUAUGUAAAGCGGAUCUAUUUAUGUGUGUGGUGUGAUAUGAUCGAUGUAAUUUGUAAAUGAUUAUGGCGUGUUUUUUUAAUCUUUCCAGUGUGAAUGUGUACAUUAGAGGAAGUGUCUUUGACUUGAUAACUGUAAUUCAGCCCUUUCUUAUCACUGCUGAUUCAACGGCUAACCCAACACCUCCAUAUGUUGUCAACAGUCACACACACAUAUACAAAACACAUAUAAGCUGAAUGAUUAUUACUUAUUUUGUUCUAACAUUACACCAAACAGUAUUAUUUUAUCAUUCCUGCCUCCAUUUUAGUCUCCUUGAAAAAAAAGUCUAAUAUCUUUUUAAGUUCAUGUUUUCUGAUGUCUGGUACUUGUGUGUGUGUGUGUGUGUGUGUGUGUGUGUGUGAGUGAGAGAGAUGACUCUUUACUUUUCUGUAAAGGAGACAAUGUGUAAUUGAGUAUGACUCAUGUCUUUGUCCAUUGUUGUCAUCACAGACUGCCUGUCUUUACGACACAGCUGUGUCAAAAGUCUCGGAUCACUUCUACCAGCUCAACCACAGCGUUGUUUUGACAUCUGCAUAAAAUAAUUUCGUACAACUUUUGUCCAUAAAGUAUUUAUUCAUAAGCAUAACACAAACAUAAAGACCAACUGUGUUUAUCUCUCCAUCAUCACGCCAAAUAAGUCUUACAGGUUUUAUUGACGCUUAUUGUUCUUUAUUUUAGGGUGUGUUCAUCUGCUUGGCUUUAAGAUAUUAGGACUGUACAGGCGGUGAUGGAAUUCAAAUACAUUUAUUCUGUACUUAACUACUGUACUCAAUUAUAAUUUUUUAUACAGUUUUGAUACUUUAGAGUAUUUUGUGUUUUCUUUGUUCUUCUUUUAGUUCUAUGUAGUUACCAUUUACUUUGUAGAGAAAUAUUUUACAUUCAUACAUAAUUCAUUGUUUUAAAAUGUUACCACCCAACAGUGUAUAAAGUACAAAGUUCAAA